AUGGAGGAGAACCACAAGAAGACAGAAGGGAGUAAAGAGAUUAAGGAUCGCAUUAAAAAGACGAAGGGAGAGGAUACAAAAGACUACGAGAACCAGAAGAGAAAACUGAAGGAUGCUAAAGAGGUUAACGAUCACAAUAAGAAUACGAAUGGAGAGGUUACAGUAGACUACGAGAACCAGAAGAAGAGAAAACUGAAGGAUGAGGAUAAGGACCGCACAGAGAAGAGGAAAGAGGGUAAGGAAGACUAUGAGGACCAGACCAAGAAGAAGAGGGAGGAUAGUGAGAUGUUGACGCUGGAGGUGGAGGCGAAGAGGGUCCCUAAGGAGGAAAGGAACGUGUCUGAGUACUAUCGCGUUGAUAUUAUGGAGGAAAACUUGGGUAGAAGGAGCUGCGAGCGGCCACCUGUGUACUGUUCCUUUGGAUUCUUGUGGCGGUGUCAGUUGUAUGGUAGAGGCUCGGGCUGA